AUGUUGUUUUUAACUUUGAUUACUAUUUUGCUGCAUUUCGUGGCGGCCGCUGAAGUACCAGAUCCUUUGGACAGUGCCUGGGUUUACACCGAAGCUUGGCUUUUGGCCGUGUGGCACAACAGAUUGUAUGUGUACACCGCUGUAGCAGUCAUCAUAGGAUUAUGGUUCACACUGAAUGUGGCCCUUAAGAAGAAGACGGUAGUUAACCCUGUGAAUGCUCAGCCUUUGAAAGCUAAGAAAAAGGAAGAAACAUCUGAGAAAGAAAAUGACGUCAAUGUUGCAGGUGUGCGGAUUUUCUAUGGGUCACAGACAGGAACAGCAAAGGGCUUUGCAAAAAUGCUCUCAGAAGACAUUGGGGCUCUCGGCUUCCAGUCUGAAAUCAUUGACCUAAAGGAUUAUGACCCGGAUGACAAGUUGUCAGAUGAGUGUACUAGCAAAAUGAUCUGUGUGUUCCUCAUGGCUACAUACACUGAUGGGAAGCCCACAAAGAACGCUGAGUGGUUCUGUAAGUGGCUGGAGGAGGCAUCUACUGACUUCCGCUAUGGCAAAACCUACCUGAAAGGAGUGCGAUAUGCUGUCUUUGGCCUGGGGAACUCUGUGUACGUCGGCCAUUAUAACACGGUGGGCAAAAACGUGGACAAGUGGCUGUGGAUGCUCAGUGCGUCACGGAUCAUGAGCCGGGGCCAGGGCGACUGCGAUGUGGUGAAAAGCAAAAACGGCAGCAUUCAGGCCGACUUCCAGGCGUGGAAGGACGACUUCCUAAAACGCCUACAGGCCCUGGCUAAGGGGGAGAAGAAAACGUGCAGCUGUGAGUGCAAGAAAGGCUCAUGCAAGAACAAAAAGAAGCACCAGGAUGAAGUGGAGGACCAGGAGCAAAGCUCGGAGGAGCUGGUUGAGUCGAGCAGUGAUGCGGAAUCUGCUGGUGAGGACGAGAAAGCUCACGGCUCGGUCAUCGACAUGGAGGAUCUUGGAAACGUUAUGAACAGCAUGAAGAAAGCCAAGAAACAAGCAGAGGAGCUCUCUCAGCGAGGAAAUCGCUCCAAAAUGAAUGGAGUGGCGACGGUCGAGGCUGAGGAGGAGAGGAGGGAGAUGAUCACCCCUGCUCUAAGAGAAGCGCUCACUAAGCAAGGAUAUAAACUGAUAGGAAGUCAUUCUGGAGUGAAGCUGUGUCGUUGGACCAAGUCCAUGUUGAGAGGCCGAGGAGGAUGCUACAAGCACACCUUUUACGGGAUUGAAUCUCACCGGUGUAUGGAGACCACCCCGAGUCUUGCUUGUGCCAACAAGUGUGUGUUUUGUUGGAGACACCACACAAACCCAGUGGGCACUGAGUGGCGUUGGAAGAUGGACCCGGCUGAGAAGAUUCUGCAGGAAGCUCUGGAGAACCACCGCAACAUGAUCCGGCAAUUCAGAGGUGUCCCAGGCGUUCGCCCGGAACGUUUUGAGGAGGGAUUGGCCGUGAAGCACUGUGCCCUGUCUCUGGUGGGUGAGCCUAUAAUGUAUCCGGAGAUAAACUCCUUCCUGCGUCUCCUCCACCAGUGCCACAUCUCCAGUUUCUUGGUCACCAAUGCCCAGUUCCCAGAAGAGAUCAGGAGCCUGGUGCCAGUCACCCAACUGUAUGUCAGUGUGGAUGCCAGCACAAAGGACAGUCUGAAGCGGAUUGACCGCCCUCUUUUCAAGGACUUCUGGCAGCGCUACAUGGACAGUUUCAAAGCCCUGGGAGAAAAGCAACAGCGCACAGUGUACCGGUUGACUCUGGUAAAGGCCUGGAAUGUGGAUGAAAUGAAAGCCUAUGCUGAUCUCAUUGCCGUCGGCCAGCCAGACUUCAUUGAGGUCAAGGGUGUAACCUACUGUGGCGAGAGCUCUGCCAGUAAUCUGACCAUGGCCAACGUGCCCUGGCAUGAGGAAGUCGUCCACUUCGUUCAGCAGCUCGCCAACUUCCUGCCCGACUACGACAUCGCCUGUGAACACGAGCACUCCAACUGCAUGUUGCUGGCCCAUCAUAAGUUCAAAGUGGACGGUGAGUGGUGGACGUGGAUCGACUACGAACGCUUCCACAAGCUCAUCCAGCAGUACGAGGAGAGCAACGGCACCAAGACCUUCUCCUCCCUGGACUACAUGGCCAAGACGCCCAGCUGGGCUGUGUUCGGGGCCCGAGAGAGAGGCUUCGACCCCUCAGACACACGCUUCCAAAGGAAGAACAAGACCAAAGACAUUUCAGGGUGCUGAUGUCCAACUUCGACAAGCUUGUCUCUAUAGGACAAGGUUGCACAGCUUUGGGACUUUGGGGUUUGGGUUUUGCACACUGUGGUGGUUUUUGUGCUCUCACACCUGAUUCAGUUCAUCUGUUUAUUUCCAGGUUUAGUUGAUUUAGAUGAAGCAGAUAAAUCAUCAAACUGUGUUGCACUCUGGCCCACAGUGUCCCUGAGAUGACCUUUUAUACAGACAUAAAAGGAAGCUGGUCCUGAAAGCCUGGCAUGACGCCGCAGAUAAAAGUGCAUAUAUUUUCCAUUUUUUGAGUCUGUUUGCCCUUCAGCUUGCCAGAGAUCAGUCAGAAUCUAGCAUGAACUUCACUUCCAAUCAUUUUUCGAAGCUUUGUCUGCGACAUGUCUCUCUUUGUGCUCAUUUUCAAAUGACUAGCUGUUCGGUUUAAUAUGAUCACAUUAUAUUAGCUCGGUUUUCACUUCUCCAGAGUUACAGUGGCUGUGAAAUCUCUUCAGCUCUCCCACAUUUGUCCCUUUUAACUCAUUUUUUUUCUCAGUUUUCACCCACAGAGCUUUUGGUCUACAGCUUUAAUCAUUUAAACAUGAGGCCUAAUUUUAGUCUUUUAUUUGAAACAACAGUUCACAACCUGGCUGGAUCUUUUGUAUAAAAUUAGUGUAGGGAGAAACCGUGUCAUGGCAGGGUCGUCUGAUUUUAAUAAAGGUGAUAAUGUGAUAUAUCCGCUGCAGUGCUAUUGAAACAGUCUUGCUCUUUUUAGGUCUUUGUUUUACCAGGUUUCUAUGAUGAAUUACUGAAUUUCUGCUGCGAAAUUGAUUACUUGAUGCUUAAAAUGUAUUUAGUUUGAUGUGUUGAGUUUAUUUCUGUUGAGCAUCACUGUAGUUAAUGGAUUCAAAUGCUACAGUG